GGUCGCAAACGAAGGCCCAGUAAUUCAGAGGACGAUGUAAUGGACGACUGUAUGGCUGCAAUGGUUUUGAUGAGUCUGUCGUGUAGUCCCAAAUCGCCCCGACUUCCUGAAUUAAUCAUAUACAAGUGCACUUGGCCCGGAUGUCUUUACCAAAGCGAGCACUGCCAACAAAUCGAGAAACAUGUCCGCACACAACAUCUCGGUCGAACUGAUCUCAACGACGAGAGUAGUGAUAGAGAGGAGGAGUUCUACUACACAGAGGUCGGGAUGGAUGACAACUCUGUGGGCUCGUCGUCGUCCAACUCGUCAUUGUCUCAGUCGGUGCCUCAGUCGCCAUCGAUUAGCAACGACGGGAGUCUGACGGGCAGCCAAAGUCCCACUCCAUCGCCGCAAACGCACAUAUUCUUCGCGCCGCAGUCGUCAUCGGCGCCCACUUUCAGUCAUUUAGAGGAUCACGAGUACGAGAGACGCCAACAACACUCACACGUCGACCACAAACUCAUUCAAUUGAAUAAUCACUUGAAUACCAUUCAUAUGAAUGUCAAUAAUAACACUCACAUGAAAACCAAUAAUUAUAGUAAUCAUCUAAACAACAAUAACAUUGCGCUUAAGAGCAAACAAAAGUCAUUGCUGUCCACCACUCCGAUCAACAUUCCGGGUAUGUCUUCGCUGUCAGCCGGGUAUAGACAUCAAUAUGCAACCAGUGCUCCACCGGUUCCCCUCCAGUCGCCCCGUGUUAACCACAAAUACAUGCGACUCAACCUCAACAGCAAUAAUAAUCGAGUCUCUAAUGGCACUAAUGGUCUGACAAUCGGCACAACCAUUCUUCAGACGGCCAUCAAUAAGACGUCGCCGUCAAAGCGGGGCAGAGGAGAGAGUCGUAAGUGUCGUAAAGUGUAUGGUAUGGACAGCAGGGACGCCUGGUGUACACAAUGCAAGUGGAAGAAGGCCUGCACCCGAUUCACCGAUUGACUGACCGACCCCUCAAUGACCCCUCAAUGACCAUUCAGUUCCCAUUGAGACCCUCACCAGUGAGUUAUACAUGUAUUAGUGGUGAACUAGAAGUGUGAGUUUAACAAAACAAUACUUUUUAAAUAUUGAUGCAAACAUACAGUUAUGUUAUAUUCGUUUUAUAUAUAAUUUUUUGUUUUUCUGUAUAAU